CCGCUGAUAACGAGUGCCGCCGACCGAUUACGGCGUUAUUAAUCCCCGCCGUCGUGCACCUACAUUGUGUGUCAACCUCCCGUCGCGACUCCAUAUCGUUCGUCUACAGCAGCUGCAGCUCGCGUGCCCGUCGACAGAAGAAUUUUUCCUCCGGUGGAACAGUGUCAGUCAGCGCUUUAAGUUUUCAACUACACCGUUUCUCCGCGUACAAGAAUCAUGUUCAAGCUAUCGCUGCUCUGUGUGGCAGCCGUUCUGUUCGUGGCCAGCCAAGAGGCUCACGGAAAAAUGACCUGUAAACUGCCCCAGGUCCAGAUUCCAGACGAUUGGAUCACCAUGGUUUCCCCGUGUACGAAAAAAAUGAAAGAGCAAGUCCAGGAAGAACUCACUGCAGCAAUGACAUAUUUUGCAAUGGGAGCACAUUUUUCUAAGGACACAGUGAAUCGUCCAGGAUUUGCAAAAAUAUUCUUUGAUAGCGCCAGCGAAGAACGUGACCAUGCUAUUAAAAUUAUUGGAUAUUUGUUGAUGAGAGGAGGUUUGACAAAAGAUAUCAGUCAAUUGAUCCGUGACCCUGUAUGUAAAUAUAUCUAUAAUCUAUGUUAUAUAACUUUUAUUAGUUGCUUUAUUAUAUAUAUAUAUUUACAGCAACCUUUGUCUGAAACAUGGGCUGAUGGCUUAAGUGCAUUGAAGGAUGCUUUAAAAUUGGAAGCUCACGUUACACGUAAGAUAAGAGAUAUUGCCACCACAUGUGAGGAACCUGGACGUGAGGGACAAGAUUUCAAUGACUAUCAUUUAGUUGAUUGGUUGACUGGUGAUUUCUUAACUGAACAAUAUGAAGGUCAACGUGACUUGGCUGGUAAAAUAUCCAAUCUUGGUAAGAUGUUGGAAGCACAUGGAGCUCUCGGUGAGUUCCUCUUUGACAAGAAACUUUUGUCUGGAGCUUCAGUUUAAUUUACAUUUUUAUGAACAAAAUAAUGAACUUUACCUUUAAUUAUGAACAUUACCCAAAACAUUUUUAAAAAAAAAAAUGUAAUUAUGUAAAAUGAUUAUUACUCAUAGAUAAACUUAUUCGUAAACUUAACCAAUUAUUGUAUUAGAGCAUGGUAAAUGUUAAAAUACAAUUUUAUUAUAUUUUUCACAAACAUAAAUUAAAAAUAAAUAUAUAUUUAUAGCUACAUUGUAUUACAUGACUUUUUUUUAUUAAUAUUUUUUAAUUAGUGUAAAAUUAAAUUAUUAUUUAAUAUUGUUGGCCAUAAUAUUUAAUUUUAAUCCAAUUAAACAUAUGAUAUUAUUACUUUA